UACAUGUACAAAGACAAUAGAAGAUAUGAUUUCCAAAUUGUUACGUACAAAUGUCCUCGCAAUUCGAUGCAUAAAAAAUUUUGUCCUCGUAGGUAUGGGGCCUGUGCUUUAUGUAUUUGACACAGAGUCUUAUCAAUUGAGAAGUAAAUUAGAUUGUUUAUAUCCAAACAAUAUUCAUGGUAUAGUAGUAGGACCAAAUAAUAAAUUAGUUGUGUUUGGUACUAAAUCUAUAUGUAUCUGUGAUAUUGUCAAAGAAACAGAGAAAAUAAUAUUUAGAAAACAAAGUAAUCAUCAAUUUAAUGAUUGGAUAAUUGCUAUAGAAUGGGUAGUGAUCAAAGAACAAAUACAAGUAGCAAUUCUGUUUGCCCAUAAUUAUAUUGUUAUAUACAAUAUAUUUGAUCAAUCUUCUCAAGUCAUAUGCUGUACAGAAAAAUGUAUCCUCUAUGGUGGAUCUGUGUUAUGCACUUCUCAAGAAGAUUUAGUCAUUUUCAGUGGAACAGUAUUUCAAGAAAUUUUAAUAUGGAAAAUAAACAACGAUUAUGACAUUGGUAAAAGUAUGCCAAUUUUGCAUCNUCUGACAGGACACAAGNGUGUAAUUUUCUCUGUUAUUUAUGAUCCACAUUUAUCUCUCAUUUGUUCUACAUCAGAUGAUAGAACUGUCAGGUUGUGGAAAGUAGCAAGUAAUGAGAGUACCAAAAACAAUUAUAUAAACUGGCAUACAGCAAAAAUAAUAAAAACAAUGUUUUUACAUUCAGCAAGAGUAUGGAGAGCUAUAAUAAAGAAUAAUAUUAUCAUAACGAUAGGAGAAGAUUCUCUUAUGUGCAUAUGGUCAUUGUCAGGUAAUUUACUCAAUAAAGUCUAUGCUCAUCAUGGUGCACCUAUAUGGAGUAUUGACACCUCAGGAAAUAAUGAAAAUAUAUUCACUGGUGGGGCUGAUGGAUCUGUAUACGUGUGGCCCAUUGCGUAUUACGAUAGUCCAAAACUAAUUUCUUUGUUUAAUAAUAACAAUACGCAUAAUAUUCCCAAAUACAUAUUCUUCUUGAACAGUGGUACAAUUUUGAUCUUCAAUGAAAAAGGAACANUAUUAUGUUAUAAUAAAAAAGAGACCAUUUCUUUGUACUUGAAAAAUUAUUGCAAUUAUUGUAUCAUGCAAGUAUCUCCAUGUCGCUCCUUUGUUGCAUUUGCAUCUAAAGAAGGACAUGUAGCAAUAUAUAAAGAGGUCAAUAAUACAAAUACCAAGCAUCUACAACAGCUCGUUGAAGAAAAAGUAAUGGAAUCUCAAAUCUUUUCUUUACAGUGGUUGAGAAGUAAUACAUUAAUUACAUGUGGAGCAAAUGGUUUUCUGAAAAUAUUUAAUUUUACUGUCAAUGGUAUAAUUCACACGGAAGCACAGUGCAUAUUACCUCCCAGCCGAGAAUGUUGGUUAACAGCUGCCAUAAUUUACAAAGAGUUACUGGUAUGUGGAGACAGAACUGGAAAUGUUUAUAUAUUCGAGUUGAACAACACAAAUGAGAUAAAAAAACCAAUUCAAACGCUUAACAAAGUUCACGGUAAGAUAGGUUAGGUUACAAUCCUUCACUGUAUUAGAAGGAAAAUAAUAACAACUGGACGCGACGGGAUGUUGAGAUUUUAUGAACAAAGUAAAGAAGAUAUGAGGUUUUUGAUUAUUAUACUGUAUAAAAAAAAGAUGCCAAUGGAUUGGAUCAGUAACGUGUUAAAAUUAGAUGGAACUGUGCUUGUAGUUGGUUUUAAAGAGAUAGAAUUUAAAAUUUAUGACUUGUUGCAUGAAAGAAUUCUAAAAAGAGUACUUUGCGGUGGCGGUCAUAGGUCGUGGGACUGUACAAUAUUAGUGACAGCAAGUUUUGCUUACAUACGUAAUAAGAAAGUCUACGUAGUUGAUUAUCCUUUGAAGUCAUUAAAACUACCUAUUUUACAGGACGGUUUUCACGUAAAAGAGACAUGUUGCUUGCAAUAUAUUUUAAGACUUGAUACGCACGAUAUUUUAAUAUCUGGUGGUGAAGACUGCACCCUUCGUGUUAGUUGUGUAUCUCAGAGUUUUAAAGAAAAUGUCGAGAACGUCUACACCUUUCAUACUUUAGGAAUUUUUGAUGGUCAUCUUUCGGGCAUAAAAUGUAUAAGUGUUGUUAAAUUAAGCAACAAGCUCGGCAAAUUAAAUAACAAAUAUCUAGUCUUUUCUGCUGGAGGAAGAGCACAGCUAAAAGUCUGGGAGAUAAAUUUUAAAUACAAUCAACAAAUAUCGCCAAGUGUUGAUGUAUCAUGUUCCGACAUGAACUCUCAUAUGCUCUACGGACAAGAUCAAUAUCGCAGGAAACUUUGGCAAGAAACUAAACAGCCUUAUGUUAUAGAACCAGAAACACGUUACAUGGAUAUUUAUACGUAUUAUCCUUCUGAGGAUCUAAAUUGUGUGUUAAUAUUUGUAGCUUGUGCAGACGGAUAUCUAAGACUAUUCGUGUACAAUAUGAAAACUAACAACACGUAUUUAAAAGUAUCCACCAAAUAUAUAAAUCGUUGCAUUUUGAAAAUACACGUGUUAUCACAUAAGGGCAAAGUAAUUGUGUUAACAAUGAGUACUGAUGGAUUGUUACGUUUCUUCGAUUAUACCAAUAUAGUUACGAAAAUAUAUGAAGAUACAAAUUCCAAGGAUAUUAUAGAUUUCAGUGAUGCUCCUUUUGCAGAACAUAGUCUGCAUCAGUCAGGAAUCAAUUCUUUUGAUCUACAAUAUUUAAAUAAAAAUAAAUAUCUUUUAGCUACUGGUGGCGACGAUAAUCUUCUCAGUCUUGUCUGUUUCCAAAUUGAUACGAACAAUCACAAAACGAUAUCAAUUGUACUAUUAUCCAAGUGGAGUACAGCAAUUGUACAUUCUGCUCAGAUCACAGGUCUAAAAUUUAAAAGUGACAAUCAGUUAUGUAGCGUAGGAAUAGAUCAGCAAGUUGUUGUCUACAAUUAUUUAUGGUCCAAUGACAUCAUAUCUGCAAAUAUUUCAAAUCAAAUAUUUACAUCUGUCACAGAUGUACAAGGCAUGGAUCUAUGGCAUUCUGAUGACUCCAGUAAUACUGUAUGUAUAUAUGGAAGAGGCUUUGAAGUAUUAUCUCUUUAAAAUAUUUAUAAUUUGUUUAAAAGCGAAAUGGAAAACAUUGAAACAAAAUUAAUGUACUGUCUUGCUAGUAGCAGUACUGUAUAAAGUUAGAAAAAAUUAAUCGUGAUGCUGACUGGGAUUAAGUCGGUAGAGCAAUCGUUUCUGCAAUACAUACACGUACAUACA